CUGAUAGCCAAUGCAUAACAUGGCGAAUUGUUAACUCAUUACUGCUGGCUGAAUUUUUGAAGGUUCGAUAAUUUGCCACUAAUUUUGAAGAAACAAAUCUAUUGUUUAUUUUGUCUGUAUUGAAUUAUGGCAACUUGGGCUUAAUGCUGGAUAACAUGGCAGACUUAAGGAUAUCAGAUUUAUGCAGAAUGUUUUGAUGGAAUGAACUGGAGUAGAUGCUGCUGAGAGAUAGCCAGUCAGAUGUUGUCAAUAGGAAAAAAUUACCAGCGACUGGCAGUGAAAUGUGAUGGUCCAUUUUAGUCAUGGCUGAAGUCCAUUGUUAGCUUAAAAUGGGGGACACAGUUUAUGAUGCUGUACAGGUGUCAAGGCUGCUGAGCCUGAAUGCUGGCGAUGACUAUUCCAAGUAUGAAAGUGUGAAAUUAGCUGCCAAAAAGAGAAAAGAAGCUUCUGAAAGUAACAAACCUAAAUCUAAGAAAAUCUUAGUCACCCCUCUUAGAGCGUUUCCUCACCCAGAAAUUGUGGCUAAAUCUGAUCAACAACCCUCUGCGAUACACGUAAGAAGCUCUCAUAAGUACUCUGAUAUAAAGAAGAGAGAAUUUAUUGAUAGUCGAAGAUGUAAAAGUGAAACAAAAGAUUUCCAUCUCAAUCAGCGUCUGGAGUACAAAAGUAAUGGAUUAGAAAGGCAUAAUGUAUUAGGAAAAGACAUACAUGCAGAACAAAGGUUUUCAAUAACAAGCAACAAAUCUCCUUCAGCUGAAAGUGAAAACCACAGAAGGAGAGAGGUAGCUGGUGAAAAGAAAAGCAAGCCUCGUGUUCUUAUAAAACGUGAAUUAACAAACGUUGAGAAAUCAGAGAGAAAAACUCAUUUUGCCAGUGAUAUAUCUAAUGGCCAAGUGCAUGCAUCUGAAAAGCCUGAGAAAACUUCUAGAAAGGAUAGAGAAUCUCCGAAUAUUAGAAGAUCUGAAAGUACUGAAAAAUAUAAACGAUCUUCCCCCUCAGCAACGAAAAAUCAUAAAGUGAUUUCCACUCAAAAACAAGAAUUGACUUACCUUGUUCACAGGCAACGUUCAAGUAGUGUAGCAGACGAUGUUGUAGAAAGGAAGGAUUCAACACAUGAGAUAAAACAGGAUAAGCCAUUAAUGGAAGUUAGAAGAAGGCUGGACUUUGAAAAAGAAGAAAUAGAGGAUGAUGUAGGACCACUCGCUCAGGAAUUAGAUUUUACAGAUAAACUUGCUGCUCUUAGGUCCAUCAUUAGUAAGGGAAGAGACUUGAAAGAUAUAACUGACAGAAAGGCCUUGGAUUUUAAAGAUAUAUCUGACAGAAAAGCCUAUUAUGAUGAGUACAGGACAAGGAGGAAAAGGGUAAUGGUAUCAAGGAGUGAUUCCUUGAAAGAAAACCAUGAUACAGAAGCAGAGUUUCUUGAAACUUCUAAAUUAGGUCGAAAUUCUGAGUAUGGAAAAGAUCAAAGAAGGAGGAAAGUUCAAAGUGCUGAUAUAUUUUCUACAAAUGAAGUCACGGGUAGAAUAACUAGAGAAGAUUUACAAAUUUUAAAAGAAAGACUGUCUGAAAGAAAUAAGCAUGUAGAAAAUAAUGGUGUGAGUAAAGAAUUACAAGAAUCUAAUUUAGAGCUAUUGCAUGCUGGUAGUGGUAGAAAGAUAAUCACAAGUUCAGGGAAAGGUGAAAUAAAGGCUGAACUUGAUAUGGAUAACAAUGUAGAAAGACCAGAUUCUAGAUUGGAGAGCAAAGAGACUCAAACAAAUGAGUUGAACCAGUCAGUGAGAAGUGUUCAGAGCAAUGCUCCAUUCUACGAACCUUCUGGCAGGCCAAUGAGUGCUCCAUUGUUUAACUGUCAAGUUUCUGUGGGAAAAACUAAAGUUUACAAAACACGAACAUACAGACUGGAAGGCAUUGAAAAAGGUGUGAAUGUGGAAAGUAUGGGAACAUUUGAUCAUAAAGAUGAAAAGCAAACAAAUGUUGGUAGCUUUGUUGGGUCAAGUCUUACUCCAGAGAAAGAUAAGGCUAAAAUGAAGUUGAAAGUCAAAGCUCAGGGUAAAGAAUAUAAAGAUAUGGAUGAUGGCAAGUUGAAUACUGAAGAUGUUAGGAGUCUGAAACAUGAGCCUGGUAACCAGAGGCCUUGUUCACGAAACAGUCAACUUGCCGAUGAUGAAAUAAAUCACAUCAAUAAGAAAACAGUUAGGUCUGGGACACCUAGAACAAGCAGACGGAGUUCUAGCUCAUUAAAUUACCAAGACACUAAAGGCUAUGAGGUAAGAGAGGAUAAAAACAUCAGUAAAAGUGAAAGAAAGGUCAGGGAAUGGAUACGCAAGCAAGAAAUGCUGCGCAAAGGUAGGCCCGUAAGUGCAGUUGGAAAUUUUACCCCAGGGCCAUUACUACUAGAGGAACUGAAUGUAAGCAUAAGUAUUCCUGCUGGACAAAACUGUGCAGAUAUAAGGCACAGUCCAUCAGACAGCUGUGAUAGGAUUCCUGUCAAACUUGAAAAAUCAAAGAAUGAAAAAGCUUACACACUUGGCCAAUCUAGCGAACCUAUUGGUUUUUUGGUCUCGAAAACGGGAAAUGUUGACGGGUUAUCCUCCAGACAGUCCAUCUUUGAUCGCCUGGAAAGAAUCACUAUGGCUGUGACCACCAAGCAACACCAGUUUGAGGUGGAUAUUCCGGUUGCGGACGGCGUCAUUAUGGGUCAGAAGUCUGGGGUUGAGAAGAAGCUACCAAAGCAGACGGUGGAACAAUCGGACAGCGCAGAUACUGAGACUGCUACUGCAAUCAAAAAGCCUAGGUCAUCAGUUUUCAGUCUGCCGUUCUCCAUCCAGUCAGGAGAGUCCAUCUCCUCCACAGUUCAGGCCGUCAAGUUGCUACGAAAACUCUACAACGUUGACACGGAAACCAGGCAGAAUCUCGUUCUAAUGGCGAAGUGUUUCCGUCGCUGGUUCAAUAACGUGCUUCAUGCUCGGGUACGCAACCUCCAGAUCCUGCAGGCAGCCCGCCAGCUCAGUCCAGUCAGCUACGGGGUCAUGCUGAGAGAGAGUGACACGUGUUACCGGGAUACGUUGCUCAGUCGCUACUUUGCCUGGUGGAAGACGGCCUGCCGUAACGCACGAUUGGAGCGUAAGGUCCGAGAGUUGCAUCGUCGGCACACGCUACAGAAGGGCAUGAAUGCGUUUAAGUGGGCGAUCAACCGUAGCAAACUGCAGCAUGGCAUCCUGCAGGACCGCAUCAACUCCAUGCUGCUUUCAGCAUACUUUGAAAAGUGGCGCGUGCGCACGGAAGAGAAUCGCAGGCUGAGGCUCCAGCAGGCAUUCCUGCGCUGGAGACAGUUCACAAAGGAGGCACAGAAGCUUCCAGAUAUUCCAAUAACACCCAUUCAGAGGAUUCGCAUGCUGCGGACGCAGACCAACACAAAGUUGAAAGGUCGCAUGUUGCUGGAGUGGUACAAUAACUACAGGGGUCGCGUCAAGCAACACAAGGCAGAUAAACACCACAGAAUGAUAGUGCUGUCGCAAGGCUUUAAGGCGUGGCGAUCAUACACAGCUACCAGCAAGGAGAAAAAGGCUCGAGUAUUGCAGGCAGAAGAGCUGUUCCGUGUGACUUUGCAGAGGAAGAUGUUCACAUGUUUAAAGGUGGAGUUCUCCAAGUAUUCCAUUGCUAGGGCCUUUCACAGGGUGACUCAGUUGAAGGUGGCCAUGUUGGCAUGGCGACAGGGAUCAGAGAUCAGCAAGUCAGAGCAUGAGAAUGACCUGCGGGUUGCCGAGGUAUACUGGUCCCACUCCACGCUGCGGCGCUAUUUCACAGCCUGGCGGGAUACACUGCUGACCAACUGGGCGUGUAACAUGUGCAACAAGAACCUCCUCAGAAAUGCUUUCACUGAGUGGCGUCAACGUCACACAGAGGUCAUACAGCGACGAAGUGAGGCAGAUACGUUCCGAAGCCAGCGCGUCAUGUCACGUACCUUCAAGCACUGGUGCAUGUUUGUUGGUGAGAUGAAGCGCCGACGUGCGCAGGCUGUUGCUAGGAUACAGGGUGUUCUACUUGGGCACGUGUUCAUGACGUGGAGAUGGUACACUGACUACCAAAAACAGAUGAGGAAGCAGAUGGUUCUGCAUGUACGUUGUCACAGUCUGAACACUAUGAGAAGAUGUCUGGACAUCUGGAGGGCAAACUUCCGUGUGAAAUGUGACAAGAAGAAAGCUCUGCAACUGUGGUCCAACACUUGUGCAAGGCGUGCAGGGGAGGUGUGGAGGCUGGUCUGUCACAAGAGACGCCUGGCACGUCUGCUGAUAGACACUGAGCCACUGAGACAGCUUCAAACUCAGAGAGUGUUCUUUGCACAAUGGAGGUCAAGGUUCAGCCUGAUUCUGGAGGAGAAACAAGAUGCCUCGGAGGUUCGAGCCCUGCUGGAUCUGUCACAGCUGCGCCGGCGCUUUAUUGCCUGGCGGCACAUGACCACACAGCAACUAAGGAUCAAACCCAUGCUGCAAUGCUACCGGACUAGGCUUAUUACAGAAUGUUUUGUUGCCUGGAGGGAUCAUGUUGUCAACAAGGCCGAGUGUCUAAGAAGUGAGAAAGCAGUGAUCACAGUGAGGCUUCGUAAUGGCUUCAACGCCUGGAGACGUCAGUAUCAAGUACAUCAGACUGAGAAAGCGAUACGAUUGAGUGAGCACCAGCGCCAAUUGCGACGAUGUUUUGUUGCCUGGCAUGCCGUGAUCCAACGUAAGCACGGCGCAUGUGACUUCCACUCACGCCAUCUUGUGCGUCGCACAUUUUCACACUGGCGUACGUCUGCACUGAGACGGGUUCGACAGAAACAACUGCAGCUAAUGGAGCAGGAGACCGUCAUGUCCCUACUGCGCCAGUACUUCACCACAUGGAGACAGGCUACACUCCACCAACAGUCACAUGACCUGGAGGUCACGACCCACCUGGAACAGAAACAGACCACAAACCGGGUCAAGGUUGCGUUCAACUUCUGGAGGAGACACUUCCGGGCUACGUUGGUUGCCAGGGAAAAUGAGAAGAUCCGCGUACGAUGCCUGGCCAAGCAAGCCCUGGAGGCGUGGCACCUGCAUACCCAGAAUGCACUGCAGGAGGCUGUGGAGAGGUUUGCAGCUGCCAUCGGCCUCACUGACAGCGUCAGCUUUGAACAGGAGCUAGACAUGGCUGGAGAAGACACGGACGAUAACCAAGGUGAAGUACUGCCAGAGAGGGAUGACCUCUAUGACAAUGACCUUGCCAUGACCCCAAGGUCAGUGCUGGGGUCAAGGCCGAUGACCCCUCGCACACCAAGGACACCUAAGACACCAAUAACACCAAAGAACAGUACCUUCAUCAGUACACCAAGGAAGAGGAUUGGUACACCCUCACUGAGUAGACUGAGUCUGGCCCAGUCCCUGGAGUUGGAGGCGGGGCCAAUUAUGAACGCUAGUUUCCUUGACGCCCGCUUUGAGAUGGAACACGCUGUGAAAACAGAGAGUCGACGGGAGAUCGUUGUUACUGUGGUGCAUCGUUUACGCCAUUGGCCAGUCAGUGUUGUGUUUGACCAAUGGCGUGAGUUCACAUCCCGUCAGCGAGAGUUCAAGAAUCUGACAACACAGAUGAUCAGCAUUCACCAGGAGCUUGCUGUCAAACAGCAUUACUCGGCAUGGCUUAAACAGUUCCAGGCAAUGAAAAUGGCAAAACAGCAUCAUGAUCACAUAAUACAGCACAAGGCUUUGUUAAGCUUGGUGUGGUACCGAGACUCUCGCAAACAGAAAAAGCAAAGGAAUCAGCAGGCCCUUGCACAUUUCGCUCAGAAGACGUUUAAACUCAUCUUUCCACAGUGGCUAGCUAAGGCACAGGAGAGUCAUCAGGCUCACAAGAUCCUGCAUCUCUGGACAACGAUCACAGAGGAGGAGCGGGCGCUGAUCCCCCGGGAGCGAUCCUUCCGCUACAAACAGAACCGCAAGGUGCUGCAGCAGUGUUACCAGACCUGGUACACAGAAUACCGCAAGAUCUCUACACUGAAAAACCUGUACCACAAAAUACUCCUGGAGCGAUAUUUUGCUGCGUGGAGCAGUUGGGCCUGGGAGAGACGAGCAAGAGAGGUCAAAGGUGCACAGUUCAGGAACAUAAGGAUACAAAAACUGGUGUUCAAGAUGUGGUGUUUGCGGUACACGCAGAGGACAGAAGUGGAGCGGCGGUACACAGAGACCUGGCACAACUACAUGGGAAUCAUCUUCCAGUCCUGGGCCACAUGGGCCAGAGACCAUCACCAUCACAAGAUGGUUUCUGCCCACCUUAUCGCUAAGAGACAGAGAGCCACUGUAAGAAAGAUGUUCCACACCUGGAAGUCAGAGCACAAAAAACUUGCAAGGGUCAACCGUUGGCAUGACAACCGACUGGUUGUGAGGGUGCUCUACUCGUGGCACUGUGUGGCGAUAUGGCAGAGGGACAUGCGGGAGAAACAGCUUCAGUGUCAGCUGGUAUCAUGCACAGCACUGGCCAAGCGUGUGUUCACCCAGUGGCAGUCCCGAUACCGUGAUCGACUGGCUUUACACGCAGCUCACAGACGCACUGUGGAGAAACGAGUGUUGAGGAUUGUCACUCACUGGCGCCACCUGGCCCAGGCCACCAGGGGAAGGCAACUCAGAAAACACUUCCAGUUGCAAAAGGUUCGCUUGCUUUUCACAAAGUGGACACAAGCUCACUGCAGGAACCAGGAGCGCUACCAGCAGCUGAAUGAGUAUGUGGGCAGGAAACAGCUGAUGUUGCUAGGCAACUGCCUGGAGACCUGGAGGUCACAGUUGAUGUGCUUGCAAGCAGAGCGUGUGUUCAACAUGCGGCUGGUCACCACCCUGCUACAGAACUGGAAACUGGCUGCACAAGGUUGCAGAGUGAGACGUGAAAGCCUGGUGGCCUAUCAGUCGAGGAAAUCCUUCCACAUCCAGCAAGCCUACUUCCUGUAUUGGUUCAAUGUUGCCAAGGCGAGAAAGUCCAUCCGUGGUCAUGCCAACCUCAAAAUACAGCUCAAUGUGUUCAAAUCCUGGCUGCUUUACACGCGCAAGAAGAACAAUCUUCGGCGCCUAGAGAAGACAUUCACACGGAAACGUAAUGAGCGAAUUCUCAGCGACCACUGGUACCUGGUGAAGACACGGUAUGACUACUGCGUGGAGUUGGGUGAGAUGGCAGGACGAGUGAUCCAUGAGAAGAAUAUGCUGCUCAUGAGACAGGCUCUAUCACACUGGGACUUCAGGCUUAAGAUUGUGAUUGCUGACGAGUAUCAUGAGCACGCCCUUGCCAAGAGAACGGCCACCAGGUGGCGCCAGUUUGUUGCUAGGCGACGACAGGAGCGUGAACAUACGGCAAGGCAGACUGAACGUGCUCUGAGGUUCUACAACAAACAGCUGUGCAAUAAAGCGUAUCAAAGUUGGUACAACGAGGUUCUAGCCACAAGACAUGCAAAGAGAAGGCGCCAGAAACUCUGUAACAAGUAUGCCCUGGUCUGGAAACACAAGGUGGACAUGGUCUUUACUGCAAAGUGCUUGUACAAUGAGAAACUGCUCUCAGAAGCUUGGAGACGCUGGCAUCUGGAGUUUGUGAGAUACAAAGCCAUCCGCAAAGUGGAAGCGUUUGACAAGAAAACAGCAAAUGACCAUGGUAUUUGUGUCAUGGAAGAACCUUUGCAAGAAGCGUCAGACACGCAAGAUAUCUUUGAUCCCACUGCCGGUAUCUCCCGCAUUCAACAUGCCCGUAGCAGGGACUAG